AGUUUCCUAAAUUACAAAUGAUUCUGAUAAAAUUCAAAAAGAGCCCUUUUGCUUCGGCAUUGAACCAACAGGACAUGACCCGAAUGUCAAUUAGCUCCUGAUGUGAAGGCGGGUUCUCUUUCCGCACCGCCGAGAGCCAUUCCCUCUGCCCCCACACGCCACCGACUUAAUUCGGAUCGCAUUCACUACCACCGCGCUCCGCUCACAUGUGGCCGCCAAGGAACCCCACACCAUGCUUCCACCACUGAAAUCCCCAAAACGGCACCAUGUCGGCCCGACCCUGCGUUACGCCGCUGUCCAAAGACUUCCGGUUCGUGCUCUCUCGUGAGGGCGGUUCGUCGGGAGGAGAGGAGCUCGUGACCGCGGGUGGUCUCGUGGAGGCGAAAUGGGCCGUCGAAGGGGAGACGUGGAAAUGCUUGAGGCGGAAUAUCUUGGUCUCGCAGGACUCCGGCGAUGGGGUGGUGAUCGUACAAAGGACUCAAAAUUGCAUAUACAAUGAGUGGAAGGGAUUUUCCUGGUGGACUUUGGAUCUACAGGCUUUCUUAUCAGAUCCUUGCAGGAACAAAAAUCCUCAUCUCCAAGAACAGUAAGUGGAAUUGUUCCAGAAGUUAGUUCUUAUUUUUAAGCUAUAUUUCAUAGGAAAGCUGCUAUAAAAGUUUAUGUUACUCGUUCUUUGAGUGGGAUUACACUACAUAAUAGUUGUCUUUAGCUAGGAACCAUGUACCUCCUGGUUUUAUAUCCCAUUUUAUUUUUGCCUUUGGCACUGGAAAUGUCUGGGAGACUACAUAUAAUUGUGAUGGUAGGCAUGUCAAAAUUAGUGUUGCCAUGGGACAUCACAUGGUGUUCAUGUCCUGAACACUAGAAGGUGCACAACAGAGUAUGUACUUUAUCCAAAUUAAAAGGUAGGGAGAGUUCUAUUCUUUCAUAAGAACUGAGUUUCUCGAUAGCAGAUAAAGGUUGAUGUGUUAUAUCAUGGGAGAAGGGAGGCUAUUGCUUUCCUCACAUUUAUAUACUUGUAUAGUUGGUGAAUCUAAAGAUAUUGAGAGAUAUAAGACAACUUUCCAGGGCUUCGUAUUUCAGUCUUGAACAUUCGGUUAUUAUGCUUCUUUUCUCGCAUUGUCUGUUGGAGAUUUGAGAUUUUAGAAGUCAAAGGUUCCUCCCUUGGCCGACAGAACUGAAGGUUUCUCAAGAAAAGUUUUCAUACGAUCAUCUCAUUGAUAUUGCCUUUAUAAAUUAAUUUCUGUAACACUUUUUCCCGAUCUCGAUGGUCAUAACUAUGCACGACAAGAAACUUUGCUUUGAUGCGUCAGAAGAGAGCAGUCACUUAUCAACUUACACAUUUAGUUGUUGGACUUGCUUACCUCUGUUAGUAUGACUGCAAGUUCUUUUUGU